AUGGCUAAGGAUCUUCGGAAACAACGGAAACAACGGAAACAACGGAAACAACGGAAACAACGGAAACAACGGAAACAACGGAAACAACGGAAACAACGGAAACAACGGAAACAACGGAAACAACGGAAACAACGGAAACAACGGAAACAACGGAAACAACGGAAACAACGGAAACAACGGAAACAACGGAAACAACGGAAACAACGGAAACAACGGAAACAACGGAAACAACGGAAACAACGGAAACAACGGAAACAACGGAAACAACGGAAACAACGGAAACAACGGAAACAACGGAAACAACGGAAACAACGGAAACAACGGAAACAACGGAAACAACGGAAACAACGGAAACAACGGAAACAACGGAAACAACGGAAACAACGGAAACAACGGAAACAACGGAAACAACGGAAACAACGGAAACAACGGAAACAACGGAAACAACGGAAACAACGGAAACAACGGAAACAACGGAAACAACGGAAACAACGGAAACAACGGAAACAACGGAAACAACGGAAACAACGGAAACAACGGAAACAACGGAAACAACGGAAACAACGGAAACAACGGAAACAACGGAAACAACGGAAAGUUGGAAAGAAUAGGCCACUGCAGUCUGGGGGAGUCAUUACUAUUGAACGUCACAGCGGAACACAGACGAAAGAAGUGCGUUGA